GUGCAUAAAGUCAGGUCGCCGUCACGAGGUAAACAGAAGCAGCUUCCUGGUCGAGCAGCAGCAGUCUGAGUGAACUCCUCCAACAUGGGUCUCUGGGUUUUACUAAGUUUAGCGGCUUUAUUUGCCGUCUCAUCGACACAGUUUAUCCCCCCGUAUACAGAAGACUGUCUGGCAGACAUGUAUCCACCAAAGGGUCCCACGUUCAAAGGAGCGGUCAGUUGGUACACAGUGGACCUCGACUCACCGCCCAGCAAGAGAUGGACGGCUCUAAUUACUGACAAAAAAACGGAUCUGGUCAACAUGAUGCAGGCCAUCAGAGACUUGGCUAAUGCUUUUGUGCCCAGUGGGAAGCUGGUUGAGCUGGUUGACGUCACACUGCCUUUGAUGGUGGACACACUGCCAAACCCUUUCGGCGAUGAAAUCAAAGGAAUUGCAGCUGUUUCAGGGAUUCCUCUUGGUGAAGUCGUCUUGUUCAACAUCUUCUAUGAGGUGUUCACUGUGUGCACAUCAGUUGUUGCAGAAGACAUUAAGGGUAACCUCAUCCAUGGUAGAAAUCUGGAUUUUGGAUUAUUUAUGGGCUGGGAUGUGAAAAACAAGUCAUGGAUCAUUAGUGAGAAGCUGAAGCCUCUGGUGGUCAACCUCGACUUCAAGAGAAAUAACCAGACUGUCUUUAAGUCUACGAACUUUGCUGGAUAUGUUGGCAUGCUGACUGGCAUCAAGCCUCACAUAUUCACUCUGACUAUGAAUGAGCGCUUCAGUAUCGACGGAGGAUACAUCGGAAUCCUAGAGUGGAUCUUGGGGAAGAGAGACGGGAUGUGGAUGAGCUUCCUCACUCGCUCUGUUCUAGAAAAUGCAAACAGCUACGAGGAAGCCAAAACUCGCCUGGCUCAGACCAAGCUGCUGGCUCCAGCUUACUUCAUCCUGGGAGGAAAUCAGACAGGCCAAGGCUGCAUCAUCACCAGGUCCAGAGAGCUCAGUAUUGAUGUCUUGGAGAUUGACGUGAAGAUGGGCCGCUGGUAUGUCCUGGAGACAAACUACGAUCACUGGAAGGAGCCUUUGUUCCUGGAUGAUCGCAGAACUCCUGCCAUGAAGUGCAUGAACCUGACCACACAGAACAACAUCUCGUUGAAGACCAUGUAUGAUGUCCUCUCAACCAAACCAAUGCUAAACAAGUUGACUACAUACACAACACUGAUGCAAGUGUCUGAGGGAAAACUGGAGUCGUAUAUCCGCGACUGCCCGAACCCCUGCAUGCCCUGGUAACGGCUCAACCACUGAACCCUGAUCAGUUUGUAAAUACCUAUCUGCGUAGAGACGCUGCGAUAGAGACAAGCUCAGCUGAUCUCGGGACAAAAGUUGAGGUUGUUCCUUUUUAAAUGUUUGCACAGCAACCAAAUAACCUGAACCAAAGUUUGUUUUGACAAUUGUGUUUUUCAGACGAUUCAGAAAUACUUAAGACUUUGAUGAAAAUACUAAAUCCUUCUUUUUUUCUGUCAUGAGGGAAAUUGGUAAGAAAGUGAAUUGAACUUAUAAAUUCCUUCACUUUUACUGUAAUUAUAUAUGUGUUAUUGAGUCCAUAAGUCUCAACAACUCAACAUGGGCUUAGGGACCCCUGAGAUGAUUGCUUGUGUGUAAUUCAAUUAAUGCAAUUAAUUAUGUAAAAUUUCUCAAAUCCAGCCCACACUCACCGUUUUGUGCCUCCACACUGUGGCCCUGCUAUGGGUUUGUUUUAUCCAGGUUGCAAGUAAAAAUGUUGAAUGGCUAACCUCUCACCACUUCACACACUGAUACUGACAAAUGUACCUCAUAGCUGACCACUUUUAUUUUUAAAGAUGGUUAAUAAAGUGAUUCCCAAAUUUAAGGUU